AUGGGUUCUGGUCAUAUAAAUUCUCGUUCGAAACCCCCUCCUCCGCAAAUUCCGAUCAAUCUGAGAUGGUGCAAUCGAGCCCUGCGGCCUUUAACGUCGAUAUACGUGCGACUGGAGAAGCACUGGAAGAUCUCUCCAUUACGAGAUGAAGAGUACAUUCAGCGGGCAUACGGUGGCUGUGAAAGCUCCUUCAACAGCAGCCAAAAUGGGCGCAGGUCAAUGUCAGGGUCUGGGAACGCGUCCGACUCUGAAUCCGCGAAGGAAGAUCCUACAUGGGUUCCGGGUGAUGCGGCGCGAAAGCCAAUAAAACACCGAUACUCUGGAAGAAAGGGACGUUCUCGCACAAAUUUCCGCUCUAAAGUUGUUGCCAGAAGUCCAGAAACCGAAAAACUCCAACCUGGGCAGCUCGCAAUUGCGACCCCUUUGAUACUAGGAAAACGGCGAAUGGUUUCCUUUCCAAAAAUGUCGAGCAGUGUGGACAGCACAGAAAACGAGAUGCCGCAAGCCCAAAAAAUGUUCUCUUAUUCGAAGCGCAAAUAUUUAGGGAAUAGCUGGAGCCUCAGUGAAAUAGCACAUGGGAUUGAAGAUACCUACAACGAUCCGUCCUACGUUGCAAUUGUGCAAACCAUUUUCUCCGCAUGGGAUACGUUUCUCAGGAUGAGUGAUCCUCAGCAAAACAAACCUCAUAGAGGGGCAAAUUCUUUACUAUCAAUGGCCCUUAGUACAACAUCAAAUUAUAUUUUACAGGAGCAGGAGCGUGUCAACAGCCUAGAAGAAAAGGAUGAGGAGACAGAUGUCGCUGGGUGUAUCAUCACUGAGUUAGAAAAGAUGUACGCAAUGGGUGACAACGGAUGGAAACCACUAAAAGAACUUGUUCGAUCGCAUGGUAUCCACCUGAUGUGCGAGGCAAUGCGAAGACGGUGGCUCUCUCCUCAAUUGAGUCGACGGAUUGUCUUGCAAUCUUUUUCAUUACAAGCCCAUGACGCUGCAAGCGCUCUGUUAUCGGCCAUGCUAUCAAUAUCACCUGUCAUCCCACCUCCAAUUCGCCUGGAUUCCAAUUUAUUUAAGCCAAGCCAUUCGGUUGCAUUACACACUUUGGAAUCUUACGUGAGGCCCUCGGGGAGCUUCAGUAUAUUCUUCAGAGAAAUGGCAUCCUUACUCGACCGCGGCCGGUUACCAGCCGAAUGGAUAGCGACAGAUUCUAUGAAAUACUAUUUGACAGCUGCCUUACAAUCCCUUGCGGCUGAUGAUGAACACUCCUUUGCUUCACUACGCCUCAUCACUUCGACCAUACUAGCGGCUGCUGGCUCCAAGAGAACAAUUCCCGCCCAAGUGUUAAGCAACCUACGCCGGUCAAAACGAGGGGCUAUCCGAGUCCGUAAGAGCGAGUUCGAGCCAGGCUUUACUAGCUCCUUUUUAAAUCCAAAAGCUAGCUGUUAUGACCCAAUUUCUAUCGCCCUCAGCAACAGUAUUACAAGUAUCCUCACUGUGCUUUCUAGCUCACACUUUGCCAAGUCUGGAUUGGGCAAGGCAGCGGCCUCAACGAUGUAUAACUUGCUGUCAUAUCUGUCCACAAUCGUGCAGCGAGAUAUUGAACGAACUAUUUUGGACAAGGGCAAGAACAAGUUGAACUUACAACCAACCCGAGCGUGUGCCAUUUUGCUUUCAGACUUUUUGGCCAAUUUUUUGGGUAAUAGUCGCAAGGAGAGCCAAAGGCAAUCCGCAAUUUGCGCCUCACCAAUUCUACAUAAUCUUGGAUACUUAACUGCUAUGCAUACAAACAAGAAGGAGUUGGUAGAGGAGCUAGCCGACUUUAUUCUACAGAUAGCAAGAUGUCUAGGCAGGGUGCGGAAUGAUAACAGUUUCGAAGUAGCUAAGCGAUUCACCUUAGCAUUUAACACUUCUUCCGUCGAAAAGCACCCUAUUCUCCACAUAGUGCUCAGCAAGGUGGCUGUUGAAGUUGCGCUGAAGUUUGCUGAGUCGACAUGCCUACAGGAACACCACGACUGGGCCUCGUAUAUCCAAGAUCAAGUGGCUGCUUGUGAUUUUAGCGAGGGUGAUAUGGAUGAAAUGCAACCGUUGACCCCCUCACUACGACGCACAGAAACUGGAUUUAGAUGGGAGGAUGGUAUUGGUGAAUGGGUUGCAAAGUCUCCUAUCUUGAGUCGAGCUAGAAGCUCGAAAUCUACACCACCGUUGCCGGACUGUACCGCCUCCACAUCUCAGCGUGGCAUGACUGGUCUUAAGAUGGAAAUAUCAGAUACCGAAGAGAGCGACUCAGGGUUCUCAAUAACAUCAAACCAAAACCGGGAUAACUCCAGCGUUUCAUCGGAGUAUUCAGACUCACCACCGCCCAAAAGGAAACGAUUAGCCGGCUCCUUUGGCGAUCAAAGCUCCAUAAAAGUGUCAGGAAGGGGCCAAGACAACAUAUGCUUCCCGCAACGUCAGGCCGCCAGACAUUGGAGUCCAAACAUGGAUACUCAGUCAGACAAUGAAUCACGACAUUGUCAACGUGUACCCAGGAAACUUGUUUCUCCCACGACCACUGGCCAUCAACGGUCGACUAGAGGAACACGAAUGCAUGGUAACUCAGAUAAUGUAGCUGUUGUGAUUGAAGUGCCUCGUAAACGGAAGCCAAAUGACUUGGGGGCUGUGUCGUUGAAAGAGCACAUCGCGUGUCGCAGGAAGCGUCGUGCUACAGAGCCGUUUGGAUCUAAGUCAUCGGCAUCUAACCUUACAGAUAAGGAAAGAGAAAAUGAAGAAGACGAGGAAGAAGAGGAUAUCCUUAACCAUGCGCCAGCCCUCAGCCAACGAUUCCAGCACAGGAUACAGACAGCCUCUAGCCAGGCCCAGAUCCGUCUCAAGGAGUCUAGAAGUGCUCGCCCUCGUCGGUCAGCAAGACUGUCUCUUGCAGAACGUAUGAUACCAUGUUCAGACUCUAGUGAGGAUGAACUAAGCUUCUGCUGAUACAGUGCCAUGACACUUUAUUUCCCCUGUUCCGAGAUCAGAGCAUCUGAUCUGGUGAUACUUCUAUACCGGAUAAUAUCCCUAUCAUCCGAUCUGCCACCCUCAUCGCAUAUGCAAUGUGAUAUGGCUCCUCCUUUGUUUUACCCCCUCUUCCAAUAUCCUCACGAAGCCAAAGUUGGUUGCAUCCAGAUUCCUUGACCAUUAUUUUUACUAUACCUUUCUUUUUUUCAGUAUUUUCACAUGGUUUGAUACCGGCGUCCUUUUCUUUUCUUUUGGCUAUACCCCUCAUGCUUUGCUUUGGCUUGAAACCCCACAUGUCGCAGGAAGUCCAGCGUGUAUGCUUUACGGAUAUCAACCGUCGUGUUCAGUUUUCUUUUUACAUAUUUUCAUGACUAUACAUACUUUGAUGCGAAGCCGAGAUCUUUCCGGUUUCAUGUACUUGAACCCUUGAUAUAGAAGCCUUUUUUUAGACAGGGAGUUGAAUCAACUAUCUGUUUGUGCGCGCCGUGUGUUCGGGGUUGUUUAUUUCAUGCCGACAAACCUACAAUGGCUUGUUCUGGAUGUCAGCUCUCUACGGAGCUGUAUCAACAACAACAUAGCCCUCGCUUCGACGUUGUUAGUUGCUGCAGAUGGGGGCUAGGACUACCUCUCUGAACCGUUCAGUAACCUGUCGUAGGUGUCCGAGUCGAGUGGCGCCUAUUUCCGACUACCCCAGUUGCCUAACACAGUACCAUUUUGCGGGGGAAAGAAUCCAUCCAGCACCUAGGAAACCUGGGUAGGAAACCUGGGUAACGGUGGGGAGAGGGAAUAAAUGGCGAACUUCAACGUCUUUAUCACUCUGUGGGUUUUGGGGAAGACGUGGUUUGCCUUCUGAGUGGGCGAGAGGGACAGAGACGCCAGACUUUGUUCGUUCCAACGGUUCAAUCAGCGAUUUUGGGUCGAAAGUCCUCGCUCUGGUUCACCUAGUAACUUUUGCCCUUUGGUUCCACCAGCGUGAGGGAAUUCGAGGUCCAUUUUUUUGGCUGUCUGAUAUCGCGAUGGCUGUUAAUCCAGGGAAGCGUUAGUAGCUAGCGAACAAGUUUCGAUAUGGAGCUCGAGUCCUGGAGCUGUCUCCCUCCAUGUAAACGACUAAGUUCGCGAUGGAGGGAGCAGGGAUGAGUAGGUCGAAGCUACUGCAACGGACGUAACAAGCUUGACUCCUCUAACCGCUGUAGGAAAAGCCUGUGUGGAAGAUGGCAUCGGGAGCUCCAGCUAUACAUAAGCUAUGACAGCCAUGGAGACCCUCCGUAGAAUCUCCUCCCCCAGACAGGAGCACUUAGCAGCCCAUGCCAGAGUUAUAUUAGGGCCCAGUGAUUUGUGACAGGAGCGAUACUAAGGUGAUACUCGGUCAGGCCACACUGGCAGACCUCUCCACGUAGCUGCCGAAACACAGAUGGGAUGGAGGAUGGGCUGAUUCGAUAUCAUAGCUAACCAUCGAGGGGCCAGUGAUCUCAUCACACCUCUGAUCACCGUCCGAGGACCUUUUCGCUGCUUUCACUCUUCAGAUAUACUUCUGACUCGCUCUCUUGAAACAGGAGGCGAUGACCAACUCUACAGGUCCCAUGGCAUCUCAGUGAAGGGAGAGAGAGAGCCCUUCUUCCUACUCCGUACGGAGUACAUUGCUCGCAGUUGUCUAGAACCACCCCGUAUGGAGUACUCCGUAGUUAUGCUUUCUCCUUCAGUUCUUCACCUCAGUACGGAGUAUAGGCAGCCAUAUCCAUCCUUCGCGAUGGUCCCGGUGGAGUAUCCCUCUCUUCUCCGUAUUUUCAGUUGCCCUCGCUGUCGAGAUAAGUCUUACGCCCAGCCUUCGGGCGUUUCACCUUUUGAGGCCCUGCUCCAGUCACUAUCAGCCAGCUAGCC